AUGGCCAUGGCGAGCAGCGCCGGGGCCGCCGCGGCGCCGGACCUGAUCUACGUCAGGCGGAGCCAUGGCCGCGAGGCCGACCACGCGACGUUCAAGCUCAGCGAAGCCCAGUACCGCACCAUGCAGACGCUCUCAAAGGCCUUCCGCAAGGAGGACGCGGGCGGGGCGGGCACCGUCGACAUGCCCGCGUUCGAGCGCGUGAUGCGCUCCGCAGCGCCGCACCUCGACGACGUCAACUUCUUGUUCAGCGCCAUGGACACGCGGCGCGAGGGCGCGAUCACGCUCGAGCAGAUCGUGCGCAAGCUCUACCCGGACAGCGCCACCGGCCAGCUGCGCCCCGUCGACCGCGAGGACCGGCCGCUCAUGCUCAUACCUCUUCAACACCCCCCCAGCCCGCCCGCGGCCGCGACGGUCCCCGCGCCGCAGCGUGCGGCGCCGCAGGCCCCGCAGCAGGGGUCUGCGCCGAGCGACCGCGCCCUCGACGCCCCUGAGACCCCCCCCGUGGUAGAAUCGCAGCCGCACAUCACGCCCCCGUCUGACGACGCCGCGGGCGAACUGGCGGCGCCUGCGCCGCGGCCGGCCGCAGCGGAGCGCGCCCCGGACAGCCUGGUGUCUCCGAGCGACUCCGCGGUGCCGGUGCCGCCGAGCGACGCGAGGGAUAUUGGGUUGAGCAAUCUGGCGUCUGCGCGGGAGCUGGCGCCCGUGCAGGUGCCGUCGGUGACGGUGCUGCGCAGCGAGGGCUCCGACUUCACCUUCCCGGAGAUGGCCGCGGGCUCUGGGAGCCCUGCCGAGACGCCCAGCGCCGGCAAGGCCCUGACAGCAGGGGACCUAGAGUCCCCCCCGCCCGGGCCGCAAAUGACGCCCAACCCCCUGUUCGGCGCGCCGGACUCGGCGCAGCCGUCGCCCACGCAGCUCCCGCCCGCGCAGGACGCCGACGACGACCUCCCCGCCCUCGAGCGCACCGACUCCCCCGACCUCUCCAAAAAGACCCCCCCCGGGCGGAAAAAUCACCCCCCCGCGGCCCGAAAGCUCGCCACGACCGGGCCCGCCGAGCCCAAGUCCGCGAAGCGCAAGCACGGCCAGGCGGCGCCCGUUCUCAUCGACGUGCAGCAGCUCAUGCACGAAGCAACGCACUUGAUCGACGAGGCGCACCAGAGGCUGGCGCGGCCGUCGGAGGGCGUGGAGGACCGCGAGACGGAGCUGGGCGUGCGUGCGGACGUCGACUUGACGCCGGAGGGGAUCGUGCAGGCCGCGCGGAGGGUUGUGGAGGGGGCGCGCGCCCUGAGGAAGGCAGCGAAAGGGGCCGCGCGGGCGCAGACGGAGCGAGAGCGGCGGCUGGAGGCCACGUGUCGGGAGCUCGAGGAGCGGAAAAGGGACCUGCGGGACUUCGAGGAGAAGAUGGAGGAACGCGAGCGCGGCAUCGCCUCCGGCGCCCUCGUCCUCACCGCCGACGAGCUCACCGACCUGGCCCGCGCCCUGUCACUGCCAGCCGCGCCGCCGCCGACCGCCGCGGCGCUCACGCAGGCGGCGCGGGCCCUCGCGGCGCGCCACGCGGGUGCGCAGGUCCUCGGGUCGCCCGCGAGCGUCGCGACCCCCGCGGUCACCCCCCCACCCCACCCACAUGAUCAACAAAUCAAAUCCUGGGCAUCCGCCGUUUCAUCCGCGAUGCGGUCGCCCGCGUCGUCCACGCCGGGCUCCGUGAUCCUCGGGACGUCGCCCGGGCCGCCGGGCUUCACGCCGGGGUCGGGGGGUGCCCGCGCGGGGGACCAGUCAGGGCCUGACACCAGGGCAGACACCCCCGAGGGUCUCUCGGCGACGGAGGCCGCACACGCGCCCGCGGAGGGCGCGGACGCUGCACUCGCCGCGCGCGACGCGGAGAUCGCGGACCUUCGGGCGCGCGUGGCGGCGCUGGACGAGGCCAUCGCUGGCGCUGCGGCGAGGGCCGACGCAGCGACCACGGAGGCCGCGGAGGCGGAGGAGCGCCACCGCUCCGCGCUCGACGCCACCAAGGCGGAGCUGAGGGAGAAAGAGGAGCUCUGCGCGCGGCUUCAGGCGGACGUCGCUGCCACAGAGGACAAGGCGCGAGCACUGAGAGACGAGAUUGACGCGGGCGCGGCGCGGCAGCAGAAGCUCGAUGCGGACACGGAGAAGGAGAAGGAGGAGCUCGAGAGCAAGCUCGCGGAGGCGGUUCGGGACCUCGAGGCGGCGAGGGGGGAGCGUGACCGCGCACUGCAUGAUGCCGGCGAGGCAAGCGCGGCCCGGCAGCGGGAGCUCGAGGCGGACGUGGCGGCUGAGAAGGCGGCGAAGGAGGCGCUCGAAGGGAAGCUGGCGGCGGUCGAGCGGGACCUGGAAGCGGCAAGGGUAGAACGGGAGCGGACCGUGCAGGAUCUCGAGUCGGACGUCGCGGCGGCGCAGAAGGCGACGGAGGAGCUCGAGACCAAGCUUGCGGAUGCGGAGCGGGCCCUGGAAGCGGCCAAGGCAGAGCGCGAGAGUGCGCUGAGCGUGGCGGAGGCGGCGAGCGUGGAGCGGCGGCAGAAGCUCGAGUCGGACAUCGCGGCAGCUGACAAGGCGAAGGAAGAGCUCGAGAGAAAGCGUGCGGAGGCGGAGCGGGACCUGGAGGCGGCGAAGGGCGAGGCGGAGGCGGCGUGGAGCGAGGCGAAGCGUCAGGAGGCGGCAGUGGCCGCGGCGCGCGACGAGGUGGCCGACAGGGUCGCGGGGCUUGAGAGGGACGUGGAGACGGCGCGGGCGGAGGCCGGGGAGCUCCGUGGCGAGGUGACGCGGGCGGAAGGUGCGGCGACGGCGGCACGUAAUGAGCUGGAGCAGCUGCGGGCGACGAAGCCGGAGGAGGUGGCCGCGGCGGUGGCGGCGCGCGAGCAGGCGGAGGCGAAGGCGCUGCGGGUGGCGAAGGAGUACGGGGACACCAGUAUGGAGCUGGCGCGCAAAGAUAGGGAAUUGGAGACUGUUCAUGAACAGUUGGAGAAGGAACGGGCUGCGGCGCGCGAGGCGGCCGAGGCCGCGCGUGCCGAGGCGGAGGCAGCGGCGCGCGGGGCCGCGAGGGAGCUGCGGGACUUGAGGCGCAUUUCGGACCGGCAGGAGAAGGAAUUGGACGACUUGCGUUCGACAGUUGAGAAGGAGAGAGCAGCGGCGCGCGAGGAGGCCGCGGCGGCGCGUGGGCGCGCCGAGGACCUCCAGCGCGAGCUCGAGCGCGCGCGUGCGGACGCCGCGGCCGCGCGAGCGGAAGCAACGGAGCGUGCUGCCGCCGCAGAGCGCAGCCAGGGCGACGCGGGUGCCGCGGCGCAGCGGGUCGCGGAGCUCGAGAAGGCGCUCGCUGAGGCGGAGGCUGGGCGCGAGAGCGCGGCGCAGGUGGUCGCGAGCGCCAUUCAGGACGAGAAGCGCGCGCGUGCUGCAGCGGAACGGCGCGCCGACGAGCUCGACGCCCAGGUCGCCGGUGCACGCGGAGACGCCGCGGCCGCGGAGGCCCGCGCGGCGGAGGCCGGACGCGCGGCUGCCGCGGCGCAGCAGGCCGCGGCUGCCGCGGAGCGGCGCGCCACGGACAUGCAGCACGCACUGGAGGCGGCGUUGAGUGCCGCGGAGGCGGCGGAGCGACGCAUCGCGGACGCGGAGCACGCGGUCGACGUUGCGCACCGUGCGCGGGACGCCGCGGAGCGGCGCGCGCGGGAGCUCGAGGCGGGUCUCGCUGCGGCAGCGGAGCGCGCCGAUGACGCGCAGCGCGCGUUGGCGGCGAGGAGCGGGGAGCUCGCGGAGGAGCGCAGCCGCUCGGAGAAGGCGGUGCAGGCGACGCGGUGGCUCAGCGAGCAGCUCGGGGCCGCGAAGGGGGAGUCUGAGCGCGCCGCGGAGGCCCUGAGGGGGUCUAUUGAGGAGCGUCAGGCGGCGGAGGCGCACGCCGCGGCGCUGCGGGGGCAGCUCGAGGAGCGCACGGCGAGACUCGGGGAGCUCCAGGGCGCGCAUGACGCGCUGCAUGCGAGCAUCGAGGGCCUGCGGGCGGAGCUCGGGGUGCUGGCGGGGGACCGCGCACGCGCCGUUGCGAAGUGCGAGGAGCUGGACGCGGCGCUGCGGGCGGCGCGCGGGGAGCUGGAGCGGGCCGCGGCGGAGGCGCAGGAAGCGCAGGCGGCGGCGGAGCGGCGCCUGGCGGCCGCGCGGGAGGAGGCGGCGACGAGCGCACGCGAGGCGAGGGCGCUCGCGACGGCGCUGGAGGCGGCGCGGGGGGCGGCGGCAGCGGCGGAGGCCGUCGAGGCGGACGUCAAGGAGGACCGCGACCGGCUGCGCGAGGAGCACCGGGCCGCGAAAGCAGAAGUUCAGACGCUGUCGGCGACGGCGGGCGCGCUGGAGGCGGCGGUGGCGGCCGAGCGCGAGCGCAGCGCGGCGCUGCACGCGCACAUCGAGAAGCAGGACGCCGAGAUCGCGAAGGCGAAGGCGCGCGCGGACGAGCUGGAGUCUGGGCUGCGGAAAGCCGUUGAUGGCAUAGCCCGCGCUGAGCGCCGGGAGGGCGAGGCGGAGCGCGGGCGCGCGGCGCUGAGCGCGGAGCUCGCUGCGGCGGUGUCGCGGCUGCGCGAGGCGGAGGCGCGCGCGGGCCGGUGGGAGAAGGAGGCUCGCGGGUCGAUGGCGGCGGCGCAGGACCUGGGGCGGAGCAUGCAGCGGCUGCGCGAGCUGGAGGCGGCGCUGCGGCGCGCGGUGGAGCACAUCCGCGAGCAGAAGGCGCGCGUGGCGGCCGCGGAGGCGGCGCUGGCGGCGGAGCGCGCGAAAGCGGGGGACGUUGCGGCGGCGCGGGAGGCCGCGGAACGCAGCGGGGGCGAGAUCGCGGCCGCGUACGAGCUCGUGCGGGUGCUGGCGGGGGCGGCGGUCGCUGCGGUUGCGUCGGAGGGGGGUUACGGGAGUGAUGUGGGUCAGGUGGGGGGGAGUGAUGGGACGCCCGAGCCGCUCGGGCGGCUGGCGGGCCUCGCGGCCGCUCCGGCGCCCGGCACGCCGACGGAUGUCGCGGAGGCCGUUGCUGCAGCGUCGAACGCGCUCGCGAGCGGGGUGCCGGCGCUGCACCGCGCGAUUGCUGCGGCGCGCAAGGCGCGUGACGCGGCGGACGCGCAGGCCGACGAGGCGCGCGAGGACUCGCUGGGGCUGCUCCGGACCGUCCGGAACCGCGAGCGCGAGCUCACGGCGCUGCAGAUCGAGAAAGAAAGACUCGAAGUGAAACUCUCGGCAUUGACUGAGAAGGCCGAGCAGGUCGAGGGGGCGAUCGGGGGCCUCACCGCGCGGCUGCAGGCGGCGAAGGAGGACGCCAAGGCUGCGCGGCAGGCGCGCGACGCGGCGCGCGCGGAGACGCAGCGCGUCCAAGGCCUGCUCGCGACUGCGCAGGAGCGUGCGUGCGAGCUGUCGGGGGAGCUCGGGGAGGCCGACGCGGCCCGUUCGCGGCUCGCAACGCUGCGGCGCGACCUCGAGCUCGCGCGGGAGGACGCGGGGCGGCAGCGUCCCGGCACGGGGUCUUCCCCAUCGUCGCCGGAGCCUUGGGGGGAAGCGACGGCGGCGCGGGCGCUUGCGCAGUCCACGGCGGAGCGCCUGCGCGCUGUCGUCGCGGAGAAGCGCGCGCUGGAGGAGGAUCUCGCGCUGAGCCGCUCGCGGCUGACGGCGGUGCGUGCGGAACUGGCGGCGAAAGAGCGGGAGUGCGACGAGGUGCGAGUGGCUGCGGAGGCGCUGCGGGCGGCGCUGGAGACGGCGCGCGGAGACGUGCGGGUGCUGCGGGAGCGCGUGAUCAAGCAGGACGCGCGGGAGGGCUGGAUGGUGGAAGCGGACGUGCGCGGGCGCGUGGAGGCGGCGGCGGGCGUGGAGGCGCGGGAGCUGCGGGCGGCGCUGCGCGCGCGCGAGGAGGAGCUCAGGUGGCAGACGGAGGAGGUCGCGAGGCUGUCGGCGCGGCUGCGGGAGGCGCGUGGAGGCGGGGCGGAGGCGGGGGGGGUCAAGCCGACAGGGGGGGACUUGAUGGGCGUCGACGAGAAGCGCGACGUCGGAGACGUCGCGGCGGAGCCCGAGGGCGAGGACGCGCUCGCGACGCUCAAGCGGCGGCUGCGGGCGAUGAAGCUGGACCUCGUCGCCGUGGGAACUGAGAACGCAAAGCUGAAGGGGUCGGAGCGGAGGCUGCGGAAACAGAUCGCGGCGCUCGAGACUGCCAAGGACCGGCUCGAGUGGGUGGUCCAGUCGGACACCACGCGGCUGGCCAAGGCGCUCAAGACCAUCGACCGCAACAACAACACCAUCCGCAGUCUCGAGCUAGAGGUCUCGCACCUCAAAUCGGAAUCCCUGGCGUCGGCGCUGGGUCGAAGUGCCGGGACGGUGGACAGUGCGGGGCCCAGCCCCGUGCGCGCUGUCGAGGCGGACGCGGACCACAAGGCGGCCGCAGCGGCCGCUGCUGCCUCCGCGCAGGCCAGCAACCCGCUGGCCGAAUGA